AUGAUGUUUCUCUCCGCUGCGACAACGGCUUUUCUUCAAGACUCCACCGAGACCCAGGCCACUUUACCCGAUUCUUCACCAACCACGACAAAAAGGAAGCGGCCAUCUCACAAGCUAUGCACCAUGCACUUCUCCAGGAUCUUCAAAUCAUCGCCUCACUGCGUGCCGAGUCCUGAUGGUACCCUGAUUGCGACCCUGUCAACAGGUAGCAUCAGCAUCCGGUCCGUCGAAACUCUCGAGACUAUCCACAGCAUCAAGCUGCCCUCUAGGCUAGGGCCUGCGAAUGCUUUUCUCUGGUCUCCUUCGUCUCGUCGCAUUCUCGCCAGCUUCGCCGAGUCGAUCCAUGUCUAUUCCGCUGUCGAGUCUGGCUAUCGCGCUGUCAUCCGCAAUCCCGCUUCUCCUAACUUCAAGCCCACCUUUGUCCAGUUUGGCGCUUCCGACAAGGAGGUCUUUAUGUGCUCGUCCUUCGGCCUCAAGUUCUCCAUCUUCGACCUGUCAACGUCUAGGACAGUAGAGAUCGGGAGUCCCAAGUUUCAUCAAGCGACAUCGGCAUCGCGAGGUUUCGCGAUUCGACCUGUUUCCGGCCACCUGACAAUUCUGACCCGCGUGGCAGGGAAAGACAUCGUCAGCAUCCAUCACCCUACUACGAAGGAGGUUCAGCGAUCUUGGCACCCAGACACCAUCGAUGCCCAGGGCUUGACCUGGACUCCGGAUGGCCGCUGGCUGAUCAUGUGGGAAUCUGCAGCCCAAGGCCACAAAAUCUUGUUCUACACUGCCGAUGGCCACCUCUUCAAGACCUGGUCUGGACCUUCUCCUUUUGAGGCUGAGGAAAAGCAUUUCGAUCUAGGCGCGGGGGUCAAGGUCUGCCAAGUCAGUCCGGACGGUGCUCGCAUUGCCGUGUGCGACCACACCAGAAACGUAUGCAUCCUGGAAACCAAGUCAGCGAGUGCAACAAUGCGGCUGGAACACCCUGCAUCUAUUGCUCCAAAAGAGACCGUUCAAAUCUGGCAAGAGCAAAUCGGCAAUACCCAGGGGGGUCAGGCUCACACUUUCGUAAAAGCUACGCAGUCCGUCUCCGCCCCAGGCCGAGUGAGUGGAGGAAUUGUCGAUGCCAAACCCGGUCGCACGUCCGCAGUAUUCGACUCUUCUUCAAGUCUACUCGCCACCGCUCUGGAAGAAUGGCCAAGCACCGUAUGGAUCUGGGAUAUCGAAUCAUCUGAACUUCGUGCCGUCCUGGUCUUUCACGGCAACAUCUCAACAUUGUCGUGGCACCCGACACAGCGCGAGGUGCUCAUGAUUACUUGUGAAAACGACAGCUAUGCCGGUUUGGUAUUUGCCUGGGAUCCGUUGUCCGAUGGGCCAAAGACGCUUGACUUUGCAGCACGAUUGCCCGACGCGAAAUUAUUCGGCAAAUCACAAGUAUCAUGGCUCAACUGGAAUGGCGAAUCUGCCGUGCUCUUGCUGGGAGACACAAAGCACCAUCUUCUUGGAUCUCUGGCCGAUUCUGAGGACGCCGGAGCUCCCUGGCAAGAUGGACAACGCAGCGAUUUGACCAUGACCACUGGCAAAGACGAGACUCAACUAGACCCUGCCGCAUUCGAUGAUUUCGAUGAAGACCUAUCCAAUCUGGACAUGUCAGAAGUCGACGACACCUUCUCAUUCAAGAAAAUCUGA